UGUCGAGGCUCUCUCUUCAUUCCCUUUCAAAAACCCUAAAAACACAAGAAAUUAAGAAGAAAACAGUUUUAGAAGUGGUUCGUUCCACUCACAUUCUUAACAAAUGCAAAAAUCAAUUAUCAAUUCUUCUUCUUCCUGAAACACCCUAAACCCUACAAUCAUCUUCUUACCAAUGUCGGAUUAUCUUCUUCCGUCAGACAUACUCGCCGAAAUCUUCUCCCGCUUACCAGUAAAAUCACUUCUUCGAUUCCGCUCAACUUCAAAAUCACUUAAAUCCAUAAUCGAUUCUCACAACUUCACCAAUCUUCAACUCAAAAACUCAUCCCUCAAUUUCAACCUCAUCCUCCGUCACGACACCCAUCUCUACCAACUCCAUUUCCCUACCCUAACCACCGUCAUCCCACUCAACCAUCCUUUCACGCAUCGUAACAGCAAAAGCAUCCCCCUAUUCCUUCUCGGUUCAUGUAACGGCCUCCUCUGCAUUUCCUCCAACAACGAAAUCGCUUUCUGGAACCCUUACAUCCGUAAACAUCGGAUUAUCCCUCAUCUCCCUAUUCCUCAAUCUGACAGCAAUUUGCAAUUUGCCUUUUGCGUUUACGGCUUCGGUUUUGAUCCUUUGUCCUCUGAUUAUAAACUUGUCAGAAUCUCUUGGUUUGUUGAUCUACACAACCGUACUUUUGAUUCAUAUGUCAGACUCUAUACCUCAAAAACGAACUCGUGGAAAGUACUUCCUAGUAUAGACUAUGCUCUUUCCUAUGACAAUACAAUGGGAGUUUUUGUUGAGAAUUCUAAUUCUCUUCAUUGGAUAAUGACAAGGAAAUUUGAUAACUUUCAACCUUUGUUAAUUGUCGCAUUUAACCUCACACUCGAUAUUUUCAAUGAGGUUCCUCUUCCUACUAAAAUAGGAGGUAAAAAGGUUAAUAGGAGUAUAAGUUUUCAAAUUGCUGUUGCUGAUUUGGGAGGGUGUCUUUGUUUGAUUAUGAAUUAUCGAAAUCAAAUUACUAAGAUAGGUGUUUGGGUGAUGAAAGAAUAUGGAUGUAGAGAUAGUUGGUGUAAACUUUUUACUUUGAUGGAAUCGUGUUUCGUUUUACCUUUUAGAUUUUUGAGCCCUUUAGGUUAUUCGAGUGAUGGAAAAAAGGUUUUGUUGGAUGUAAAUCAUAAUAUGCUGGUUUGGUAUGAUUUGAAGAGUCAGCAAGUUAGUUAUGUUGAAGGAAUUCCUAAUUUCGAUGAAGCCAUGAUUUGUGUUGGAAGUCUUGUACCACCUUCCUUACCUGCUGAUGAUAAUCAUACGAAGGAGAAUCGUACAAGAAAGAGCAAGAGAAGGGAUGACUUCUUGUCCAAAGGAUUUAAAUUGACAUUGUAAGGGAGUGAAGGAAGAAUCGUUGAUGUGUAGCUGAAGCAAGUUGUUUCUAGUGAUGGAAUUAGUCAUGUUGGUUUGCGGUAUGCGUUAAAUUGAUUAGGAAUGGUGUGAGAUCACACUUCUCCCUCUCGGAUACCAGAUGUACAUGACUUCUAUCUUUUCCUUUUCAUUGGUGUAUCACCUGGUCUAUAAUUGUUAGGUUCCUGCUAUAAGCAAUACAAAAAGAUGGCAUAUAUGUUUGUUUAGGUGUAAGAAAGUGUUGAAAAUGGCUUAUAUGUCGUUAUGGUGAUAAAAAUUGUUGAAAUUUUUGGUUGUCUAUGUGACAUUUAGUUUCUUUCAUUGGAUAACCUUUCUUAUUUUGAAUCCUCUUUUUAUGGUUAAGGAACUUUAUGAUGACAUUCUUUUCAAAUACA